ACGGAAGCCGCCGCCCCAGCUUGGGAGUGUUUGCCUGCCGCAGACUCGAGCGGCUGUCUCUGCGCUCACUCCUUGAUCCUCUUUCAGUAGCGUUUGGAACCAGCCGGCUGAGGAGCGAGGCGCUGUCCAUUCAGCACCACCGGGGGGUAAAAACCAGCAUUUUUGCGCAAUCCGACGUGAACCUCCUUCCUAGAGCGAGGUGUGCCCUGCAGUCUGGAAAGUGAGAUCUAAGGAUGGUGAAACUGGGAAGCAAUUUGAAUGAAAAGAACAAGCAGCAGCCGUCCAAUGAGGAUGGUUUUCAGACGGUUCCUUUGAUAACACCCUUGGAAGUCAAUCAUUUGCAGUUCCCAGCUCCAGAAAAGGUGAUUGUGAAAACAAGAACAGAAUAUCAACCAGACCAGAAGAACAAAGGAAAACUUAGAGUGCCCAAAAUUGCUGAAUUCACAGUCAGUUUCACUGAUGGUGUAACAGAAAGAUUAAAGGUCACUAUUCUCAUAAGCCUGGCUCUUGCAUUCCUUGCCUGCAUAGUCUUUCUUGUGGUAUACAAAGCUUUCACCUACGACCACAGUUGCCCAGACGGAUUUGUUUAUAAGCAUAAGAGGUGCAUUCCCGCCUCCCUCGAUGCUUACUAUUCAGCUCAGGAUUCCAACUCCCGGGGCAGAUUCUACACUGUCAUCAGCCAUUACAGCAUGGCCAAGCAAACCAGCUCGCGGUCUGUAUCCCCCUGGCUUUCUUCAGGAUCGGUAAAUCACGAAAAUAAGGCCACUAAGACAGAAGGUCAUUAAAGCCAUGCGAUGGCCUGGGGAUAGAGGGAGUGGGAAAACCACAUCAUGUCUCUAAAUCAUGGCUCUAGUUCAGAGAGGGCGCCUUGCUAAUCAGUGCAAUGCGAAUACACUAACUCCAAGUGCAGGUGUCAUCUUAAUGGAUAGUUUUCUCUCUUUCAUUCAUUCACACCCUCCCCUUUAGUGCAUUGUUCUCGUUAAUUUGUAACUAAGUCAGGAUCUUGUACAAAGGCAUGUUAGGUGUUGACUAUAUCUCACAAUGUACAAAUAUUUUUAAAACCAUUGCCGAAUAUUUGUUAAGAAAAUAAAAAUGAAACAAAAAAAGCAAACCCAGAAAACAUUAAUGAGAAGGUAAAAGAAAUGGCAAACAUAAUUCAUCAGGCCUUUCUUGGCUGAGAAAACAGUCUUGGAACUUGGCCCAAAAAAAUAAAAGUGGGGAAUUUGUUUAUCACAAUGUGACAUGAAAAGAAAGCUCAGAUUGAUGGAGGAACUUUAUAGUGCACAACCAUCAUAUACAAAUAAAAUACAUAAUUGUCUGGGAAAAGUCCAGCAUCAAAUAGUUUUCAAGGGACGGUGAUGUUACGGAGAUGCUUUUAAAGAAAUUUAGCACUUCUUUGGUGCUCCAGUAUGCAUAGUUCUGUCCCUAACAUUAAAAUGAAUGGGAAAGCCCUUACACACAAGGAAACUCAUGUCUCUUUACACAUGCAUUAAACUAUUGGAUCGUGGCUACUAACCUUUGGUUGCUUCUCACAGAGGGAAAUAUUAGCCAUGAAAGUGAAUACAAGCAGGUUCCCAUGUGUCUCCUGACUGCCAACACAAUUUUGAAUACAACAGUUCUGCCCUCCCACAACCCAAAACUGAAUGCCAAAGUUCAAAAACAACAAAUUUAAUUAGACCUGGCAAAAGAGGUGGAUUGCUGUUUCACAACGACCCACAUUUUUAGGUGAAUUUGAGAUAGAGACAAAAAGUUGUAGAAGUGAAACUGAUUUUAUUCUGAUUCCCCAAGGAGUUUGAGAGGCUUAUAGGCUAUUGGGAAUCCUGCUCAAUAGGGCAAUGAACAGAUGCCACUGCAAAUGUCCCACCACAUGGCCAGGCGCUCCUACAACAGAGUUAUUCAAAGUAGCACAGAGAUAGCCUUUUUUUUUUUUUUGUAUGCUUGCCAAAAUAAAAAUAAAAAAUGGUUAGCCAAGCAGGUGUGUGAUCACACAAAUAAAAUGUAGCUAGAGAUACAUAGUAAGAAGAAACUGCUAACUGCUACUAACCACCAUGACUCAAAAAUGAUGACAUAAUGCAUUAUCACUGGCUGCCCUUUCAUAUCCCAAGAUCGAAUGCAAGUCUGCAAGUUACAGAUUUUGCCUUGUGACAUUAUGACAUACAUUUCAUCACUUGCCCUCCUUAUGCCUAUGGGUACCAGAUAGCUUCAGAAAAUUCUCAUCCUUGCUGCCAAGACCCAUUUGCAUUCCUGAGAAUCUGAAACAGUUGAAUAAUACUGUACUCUCAUCAAGAUACAAAAGACAUCCCAAAAACCAACCAACCAACCUUAGACUUGCAAGCAGCAAAUCGUUUUUUUAAGUGGAAAUUAGACUAGAUGUAGCACAAGCUGAAGCAGGGAUAUUGGCUAUCAGCUUCAAAUUUUCUGCAGUAGGAAUCAUGAAGGAGGUACUGGUUCUCCUGUGUAUUGGACAGCAUUUGAAUUACAUUAGCACAUUCCAUAGAUGAUAAGUAGGUUACAAGAAAGAUUUUGAGUAUAACCUUGCUAUUUUAUGCCACAUUUGCAUGCUAGGAUUUUCAGAUUCUCCCCUCUUCAAUUGUCCUUCACCCCAUACAAUGACUAAACAUUUUUUUAAAGAGAUGCAAAAUAAUUUUAAAAGUCACCUGUGACAUAAUGUCAUAGAAACUGGAAUAAUCCAUAACCACCAAGGAAAACCCAUGUGUAUUUCUAUACAAUCUUAUGAAAUCCUGGCAUGUUCACCUUGCCAGAUCAUAGGUUCACUCUUUAAGAGGAUUCUCCUACCCAUCUCUGUGGGUUCAUUUUUAUUCAUGGAACCAACAUCUAAUACCGCUGUCAAUAUGUAGAUGGGAAAGAGAUAUGGGGCUACUUAUCAGAAGCCAUGUAUUUCUCACAUGAAAAGAAUCCAUGUGUGUUUCAAAAAUCAGGUAUACACACUGCUCCUAAUGGAAUAUACUGUACUGUAUGUGUUAUUUUGCACUGAGUCCUUGGCACCAUCUAGGAAAUUGUGUUAUACAAGGCCAGGCUACUAGUGCAGCUGGGUUAGUACCAGUGACCUUGAGUGGCAUUCCAUAAUCUCACCAAUAGUAUUGAUUAAGGCCACAUGUCGCAACACUUUAGGGUCUGAUCAGUGCUUAGAUGGAAGACGCAAACCACAUGAGUCCAGCCAUGGAAGUAAAUGUGCUAUAUAGAUUAAUAUUACAGCUGCUGUGACUUCAUCUUCAGUAAAUAAAAUAUGCUGGAUUUUUAUCAGAAGUUCUCAGAGUUCUACAAAUUGGCUUCCAUGAAAUCAGUAGAACCAUUUAGAAUGGUAGGAAUUACUGAAUAAAUGCACAGGAGGAAACAGUUCAAGAGUGUGUUUGAUCUAAUACAUCAUACUAGGAAACUCUGUGAUCUUAUGUAGUUUAUGC